GAGGCCGUUGCCUGGCAACCGCGUGUACACCACCAGCCCCUAGCGUACUGCCUUUGAUAGACAUGGCGACCUCCAGCCCCUCCAUCUCUUCCUCGGAGUCCCGGGACUCUGAGGCAUCGGCGUCGCCGGUGCAGCUGCCUCCAACGCCUCCGCCGACCUCCACUGCGAUGCUCAAGUCGCCUAUGGAGUCCAAGACGAGCUCGUCCAAAACGUCUCACAGGUCCUGCUCGGAGGAGUCGCUGCCCGCUGCCGCCUUCUACGGGCCUCUGGACGCUAAAAACCCGCUCCUGGCCUCCUGCGACAAGGAGAUCCGGGAGCUGUUGGGCUUUAUGAAGAAGAAGAAGGCUCUAGCCAUUUCGGAGGAACAGAAGCACGAAUUCCAUCGGAGAUGUGCUACCACUCUGUUUAAUAUCUGGACCAAAUACGCCCCCCGGCUGCCAUCCGACUAUUACAACGAGAAGCUUCUGAAGGUUGGAGACAGCCUCUGUCAAAUGCAAGAAUACAAACUGGCUCUUCUGCAGUGCUAUGGGAGGUAUCUCCAGCAGUUCUCUGACUUUGAUGAGGAAAGAGAAGAUGUGAAUCAGUUCAAAGCUGUCUUUUUCCCAAAAGGCUUUGGAGAUGAAACUGCCGAACUUACGUUCCAUGCUUUGAGUGGCAAAAAUGUUUGCAGAUACAAGCUGGUGUGUGACAACGAUGCCAACCUGCAGAAUAAAGAAUCUGUGAGCCAGUGUCUGCACAUCUUGUCCUCCCUAAGGCUCAUCAUGCAGGUGGCCCUGCCCCAGGAGCCCCUUUGCUGGAUUAUCUUCAAUGGUACCAUCUACAUUUACACCAUUUGCCGAAAACUGAUGCUCAUAGGGCUUGCUGCCCAGGCCGUAGAAUACCUGCUGUGGGCCAGCAUGUGCAUGGAAUCCUCUGUCCCGCUCCUGUCCAUCAGGUACCUGACCUGGAGAGCCACUCUGUACACUGCUGUCUGCCAGUGCCACUACGACUGCCAGACUAGCAUCCACGGGGAGGCAUUUGCUCGACGUGCAUUAGCUAAAAUUGAUGAGUUAAGGCAACUGGAAUUAAUGAGUUCCUCCAAGUCUCAGGAAGAAUCCCGGAGAUAUUACAGAGAGGCCACAAUAAAGAUGGCCGUGAUGAUCUUCAAAAGAGGAGUGUUUGAGUCAAGAAGAAAAAACAAAGCUGUGUUUAGACCGAAGAUAAGAAUUAACGUAAAGGAAGCUCAGAGCAUGGUGUGGCCACGGACGGUCACAGAGCGGCUGCUGGAUGAGCUAUUUGAUAGCACCUCGUCCCGGUUCUUGGCUGUCUUGGAAGCUCUUUCUGACUCAAGCAGGCGAAUCCUGCAAACUGGACCUCUGGCUACUGAUGAAGUGGAGCUUCGUGAUGUAGUCUCAGAACUGUUUAUGGCCGGAAAAGAACUUUUGAUAAUUUCAAAUGCUGGUACAAAUGGAAAAUUUGAUUUCCCAAAAACGCUUCUCCUGGAGCUUAUGAUAGAAAGGAAAAAUAUCAUUUCUGUGCGUGCUGCUGUGAGAUUCACAAAAUUGGCUUUUACUUAUGAAGAAUGGGGAUUGUUUGUAUCGCUGGCUGGACAGCUCAUUCAGUUUCUCCAGAAGCAAGAUAGUCCCGAAUUACAGAGAGCAGAGAAGGAUCUGAUUCUUCUGCUUGCAGUGGAACCAUUGAUCAACAUAAAGAAAAGCAAAGGCUUGAUUUUCCCUCUGGAUAGCGAUAAGGAGGGGCAGUCCGCUCAAGUUUAUCUAAAACAUAUUGCCUGUCAUGAGUCCUGUGUGAGGAGUUGCGGUUACUCAGAAGAUAUCUUUCAUUUGGCAGCGAUACUUCAUUUCUGUGUUUGCAUCCCUAACAAGGGUGUUCAGCCUGACAAGGAUAUCGUUGUGGACAUAAUAACAUUCUUAUGGCAGAAAUGCAAGCUAGGAAUUCAAAGGAUGAGCAUGUCCAGAAACGACUUUGCAAAAUAUUCUCACAAGAUCAGCACUAACAAAUGGGUUUAUCUCCUGUGGCAGAUAAGUGAAGUGAUUCACUGCUAUCAAUUGGAAGAUUUGGACAUUGUGAUGGUGGCAGAGGUCACAUUACGAUUAAGUGAAAUAUUAGAGUCUUUGGGAAACCCGAAAAGAAAAUUCAGAAAAUCUGCAGAUUCGUCUUCAAGAAAAGGGACCGAGGAGUUCCCUGGGACUCCAAAAGGGAUUCCCGAAGUCCUUCCAAUAUUAAAGCGAGCUCCCGUGGAACAGGUGUUUUAUGCAUAUGAACUCCUGGAUAAAUCAAUCGCUGGGAUGAACUGGAAUUGCAUGCUAACUACUUUGUCAGAUGGCUCCUCUGUAAUUGACCAUUGCUAUGUCAAGUACUCUCAUGACAUGGAUGGGGCUACUUUCAAGCCGAUUGCAGCGAAUAGCUUCAUGAUGGAUCUGCAUCUUGAAUUAAUUCAUGCUCAGCACCGUAUAGCCGUUGUACUUCUUGACCAAUUGCAAGCUUUGCAGAUUCCAACUGUUAGCACAAAUACCAAAGGUUGGGAAAAAUUAAAAGAAUCCAGAAGCACCGAGUGUUUCACAGAGUUAAGUGUAAUGAAUAAAAUAAAGAAGAACAAGCUGUCCAGAGCCAGCUACCUGAUGCAGAAGGCCCUUCUACUGUUCGAGAAAGAUGCAGCCUGUGUAAAGUCGCAGAGCUUGUUGAUGGAAGCGUAUGCCUUAAUUGAGAAGCUCGAAGCAGAACAAAAUGCCUUAUAUUCCUAUCAGAAAUACUUGGAGAGUUCAAAAACAAAGAAGAGCAGGAUCCCUCCCCCACCCAUCCUGCUGGCCAGAACCCACUGCUCCGUGACUCUGAAACCUGCUCCGUUCAUUUCAGAUGUUAAGGUGUCCUGGUACUGCAUAUUGGGUUGCAAAGCAGAAGGAAGCUAUGGAAAAGUAAGACUCAACAACAACCGUCUCCCGAACUCAGGAGAAGCGAUACCAAAUGAUGGCAAAAGCAUCUUUGAAAUUAAAGGCUUAGAAACCAAUGAAAAAUAUAUAUUUGCAAUCGCUGCUUAUUCUUGCAACGGGAAACUCAUCGGUGAUACUGUUGGCGAGACAACUAAACCAAUCCUCAUUUACCCGCCUCUUUCUGCUGUCACUGCUCGGAUGUACUUGACACAGGUUGCCUAUCAGACUGGAAACUAUGAGUUGGCCAAGAAGGUCUUCUCGCCAGUUUGGGGUUAUUUUGUUGCUUCUCCCAUUCAGGAUGCUCAGUCAGUGGUCUCUCUAAGCAACAUUAUGACAAUCACACAGAGAAGGUUGCAGCCCAGUAUUUUGGCAGAUACGUCGUCGAUCCUCUUAUACCUUUUCCUCAGAAAUAUCUUUGUGAUGAGCGACAUUAAAAUUAAAGAAGAAAAUCUCUUCUGUGAUAAUAUUAAAGGCAAUGAAAAUUUUCCUGCCCAGCAAAUCGCUAGACUGAUGGAAUGUGAGAAUGUGCUGGUGGCCCUGGAGCUCAGCAACUUCCUCAACGAUUCCAAUUACGCCCUUCAAGCAGUGACCCAGUGCUACGGGCUCCUCGCUCCCAUCAUCUAUCACAAUAUCGUCUUGGUACCUGUCAUACAGAUUUUGAUAAAAUGUGUUGUGGUUUUGCAAGCAGUGCCAAGUAUUGUUCACUCAAAGAAACAAGUUGCAAGCUUUGAAAGUGUACAGCACAUGAUAGCUUGCUGUAUCUUCUACAUAACAAAGAUUCUACGUUCCUGGAAGGAAUAUGACCUGGCAAUAACUAUCAUAAAUUAUGGGAAAAAGACGUUGGACAUCACAUCAGCAUGCAAAUCUCUAUUUGGUAAUGACCAAGAUGACACUGGAGAGGAGGGUACUUGUUCUAAGAAAACUUCAAGAACUAAGAAGCCACAGCAGGUGCUGCUCCCUGAGAAGAUAAACGAACAGCUGGCCUUGUUGGAGUCACAUCUACUCAAAUUGACAAAGCAAUUCACCUUAACUGAACUCUCUGGAGCAGAGGACCCGAUCUUUCUCUACCCGGUGGUUUUAAACUGGUCGGUGAAAGGUGCCAUGAAGGAAGUCAUGAAAUUUAAGCAAAGACCAAGAUUCCUGGAAUUCUUUACACAAGUUAUGCUCAAAUGUAUGAACGAUGAGAAGUUUCAACUCGUGGUGGAGAUGGCAGCUCCCAUUUAUGACUUCUUGAAAAGGAGAAACGAGUCCCUCAUUGGAACAAAAAAGUUAAAAUGCAAGGACAAUGUCCUUUCUAAGAAGACACCCAAAUCUCUCAAGAAGUAUAAAGCUGUAGUUAUUGAGAUUGGAAGAACUGCAGACUGGCUGCCAAGAAAAAGAAGGAAGAAAAAGGAAACUCUAAAAGAAUUUUUUUCCAAGAAUCCAUCCAUUUUUGAACUAUCGGAGCAGGAAAGAAAUAAGAGAGCUGAUGUGAGGAAAAUGGCUUACCGAAGCCUGGCAGAUAACUUGAAUCCCAUAAUAUUAAACUAUGUCAAAAGAAAGAGGUUUCAUCAAAUACUUCUUGAAGAGCUCCCUUGGAGAGCUCAGAUGAACUUGUAUCUGGCGAGUGCACACUUCCACUUGUUUUUACUAAAGCUGUCUGAGCGCACAAAGAUGAGGUUCAGCUCUUCCCAUUCUAAUGUCAGUUUCCGGUCAUGUGACCCUAAUUUCUUCUCAUUAUACCAUUCUGGAACAUUGUUGCCAACAGCAAAACUGACUAUUGACAACUACCAAGCAACGCUGGAUAUUCUUAUGGCCUCUAAAAAAAAGAAGCCCAACCAACCCACAGAUACUGAAGAUUUUAAUUCGUUUUGGAAUUCCAAAAGUGAAGAUAGUGUUUCCAAGAUAAAAACACAGAUAAUUUAUGAAUCGGAGUCUCAAAUAGGCGUUGGUAUUAAUGCCAGAGAGAAGGAUCGAGUAUUAAACUGGGGACUGGAUCAUUUUAUAAAAAUCUUCUCAUGUUGCAGGAAAGCAAUGGUUCUUGCUUACCGUGGUGGCUAUUGGACUUUACUGCAAAACUGCUGCAGGGCAUUCUGGAACUUUGCCCAUGAGCUGCAGAUACUAUUGAAGCAGACUAUGGAGACUUACAAGGCUUUUCCUAUUAGCCAGGACGGCUUUCUCUGUGCCUGUGUAUUACCAUUCUACUUGGGCACGGAACUACUUAUUGACAUGUUAAUAAAGCUGCAGAGCACCAAUUCUAUCAAGCAAAUCGAAGAGAAAGGCGACUUCAGCGUCCCCAGCUGCUAUGGGAACAUCAAAUACGAUAACGGGGGUUCCAGCCUGACUUUCGAGCAUCCUUUGGAUGACGUCAACGUGGUCGAUUUGAAAUGGAUCUGUGACUUUGUGUUGAAGUCUCUGGAGGUUCUAUACCAAGUGGAGAAGUGGGAGACGCUGGUGUCUCUCGCCAUUCAGUUUAACAUCAUUUCACAUGAGCGCUAUACAGAGCAAGUGACCCCGCUGUUGGUGUAUGCACAGCGCCAGUUGCUUCUGAGGAUACAGAAGUUCAAUGGCCCCGAUGUUGCUCAACAGGCUUGUGAAAGAUAUGAGGCUGACAAUGGACAGAAGAUAACCUGCCGGAACUUCAUUGGGAAGCAACUCACGAUUGAUCCUUCCUCACCCAAGACGCUGGCAGAAAUAGAAGGAAGCAGUGAUCUGCUGAAGUCACUUAUCCUCUCAGAGCACAAAAGGGCCCAACAGCUUGUCUGUGUGCCCGUGGAUGUGGCCGACACUUUGAGAUGCUUUCGAGAGACCCUGGAAAAGUCCAGGUAUCACAACAGAUCAGUGCGACACAGCAGGAAGCUGCUUUUGCUAUUUCUCGCACAGACACAAGGUGAAAAAGGAGGGGCAAACAACACACAGUUUUCCUCAGGGAAGGUGGAGUUUUGCCUGGGAACAGAAGAGAUGCACAUGUCAACACCCCCCGACCUUUCUCAGGAAAACUUCAGAGUUUUUAGUUCCGUGGAGAAAAGCAAACUUCCCUAUUCACAGCUGGGGCUGGUAAUUUCUUCCUUUUACCAAACUAUAGACGUUCUCCAAGCCAGCAAUCAAAGGAGCCUUAAAGUUCAGUCACUGCAUUCACUUGGAAGUCUCUUCAUCUUUGCAGAAAAGAGAAGGGCUGCUUUUAAAUGUUGGUGUCAAGCUCUUGAUGGCAUAUUCAGAAAGCCAGAUGCGUUGCACACAUGGAAAGAAUUUGGCACCCCCCUCUCCAGUGGCACCAACAAUUCUUCACCUCCUGUUUUCAAAGACUACAGUGAAGAAUUUCUAUCAAAGCUUGGCAUUUGGGGGUGUUUGCAAGGGGCAGUGAUUGCAGCAAAGAUAGCACAGUUUAUUAAGACUGCAAAUGUUAAGAAAAGAAUCAACUGUUGCAUCUUGUCUGCGUUGCUUUUUCAGAGUCUGCUUCGUACUACUCUCCCACAUCCCAAAGCUGAACGCAGCUAUGCCCAGUACGAAAUCACUCAGCUCCUCCCUGGCAUCGAACUCUUCACAGAUCAAUUCAGGGCUGACAUCUGCAUUGUUAUUGCAAGUCUAUACUACGUUAUCCGCGAACUGCACUAUGCUAAGAACAACCUUAUAGUUUUGCCUCUCCUUGCAUUGUACCAAUAUUUUGUGUCUGUAAUUUGCCAAGACAUAGUCAGAAAUCUAGAAGCAAGAAUCCUGAAGGCCGAGAUCCUUAUAGACUUAGGCUUCUUUCCUGAAGCCUUUUAUGAGCUAUCCCAGAUUUUUCAUGGAAAAAACCUGCCGUGCGCCAUCCCUGCUGGCUAUAAAGUCACAGCGAAAGUUAAGAUAACUCAAUCAUUUGACUCUGGAAAACCUCUUACCAGUAAAGACAACAUACAGGCACUUGAAGAUUUAAUCAACAAAGGCUUGCCUUUCAUUCUGGUUACUCUUGGCCAGCAACAUCUCUUAAAUAAAUUUAAUUUUGUCAAGGCCCACUUCUUCAUAAGUUUGGCUGCAACGAUAAACUGUAUCCCAGAUAACAAACUGUACCACUCAGUUGUCAUUGACAAGAACAAGCUCAACACCCCAAACCUUAAAGAUUUGUACACAAAGGAUAAUGAAAACUCACACUGUCAAAUUUCAAGAUUCAGAGACGAGUACACUCUUAGCAUGAUAAAGUCACUUUUACUGAUUGAAGCUGAGGAGAGGCUCAACACCCUGGUGUCUGAGGUGGAGCAUCAGUGCCACAAGCCCCUCUGCCAGUGCUCUGCUCAGGAGCUGGAGAUCCUGGUGGAGAGCAGGCUGCAGCUGGCAGCCAUCGCCCUCCAGAGACAGCGGGCAGCGUACGGGGCUGCUAUAGUGUAUUCCACACUCAAGCUUCUCCAGGAUUCGAAAAUUUUUAAAAAGAGAACGCCGGAUGACUCAGACAGUCCCACCUCUCCGGGAACUUCUACCACAGAGAGUAAAGAUGACAGUGAGUUUUUAGACCCCAUUUCCCUGAAUGCCAGGGAAUAUUUCAACAUUCACCUUUGGCUGAGGUGCCGCUUGAUGCUUGUGACUGCGUUCGUUGCACAGAUUCGUGGUAUUGGAAUCAUGAAAGAGAAUGACAUGACAGACUGCCUGAGCCUCAUCAAUGAAGUGCGCAUGGAGGUCAAGGGUGCAGAUGACACGGAGAUCCUGGCCGAGGUCCUGAUGCAAGCUGUGAUCCUGGGUCUUCAGGAAAAGCACUUAAAGGCAGACAUCAUAAGAAACCUCCAGGAAAUAAUCCAUUUGCUGGAGGGAAAUGAGUUCCUUUCUCCUCGAUCUUGGUUAACCCUGGUGAGAAGCCUCGCCCUAAUGGAUGACUUAACGAAAGCUGAGAAAUUCAAGCAAGCAUCUUCAAAAGAGGACAAAUUAAUUUUCUUGAAUCAAGCCCACAACAUCCUUAUUACACAGAUGCUAACUUUUGGAGAGACAAUCGAAUUCCCUCUAUCAGAUGCUGACUAUGCGAAUCCUCUACAUCCUUUGAAAAACAUCUACCUUCCUCAUGUCAUGUUACUAGCAAAAAUAAAACUGAGAAUUGGACACACAUUGUCCAAGCAGGUAUAUUCCCAAAGCAAGAAGAAGGACAUCAUUAAGUGGCUGCCUGCCCUUCACAUCUUUGAGAUGGCCUUGAAGCUCUGCAAGGUGUCAGCAGCGGAGGAGUAUGAGGUGGAAGCAGAAAUUCUGUUUCAGAAAGGCAGAAUAGAGCGUCAAAUGCUGAAAGAAGACAAAUCUCCAAUUUCAGAAGUAGAGAGUUUUUUCGAUGCUAUUCAAAUAAGCCUGAGAAAUGAUCAGAACUCAGGAUUGAUACGAGAUUCCUACCUAGAAAUUGCCCUUAUGUAUUUCUAUCUGAAGAAGCCAAAGAGAAAAGUUUCAGGAACACCGUCAUCACUCAAGCCUCUUUCCAAAAGGCACAGUUCUAUUAAAGAACCAGUAGCAACUCGAUUCGAGAUGUUCAGCUCACUGGCCUGGAUUGCAAUACGAGCUGCUGCACAGGUCAGUGAAGCUGUGCUGGCGGUCAACCUCCUGGUUGGAAAGAAGAAUGCUAGAACUGACAACGUUAGUUUCACGGCAUUGCCAAACAUUCCAGAGUUUGCCACUGUGGACCUUUUCUCUUCAUAUACAGAUUAUUUACUUGAAAACUACCAAGUUACUUUCCAGACUGGUAGUCCAUUUUUGCACCAAAAUGAUGAUAUUUAUGACAGCGUAGAUGCUAAAAGGAAGGCUCACACCAAAGUGGAGAUUACGUGGAUCCUUCUCAUUCGCUACUAUAUACAUCUCCAGAGAAUUAACAACAUGAGCAAGCUGCUGGCAUCUGCAACUCCGGUCUCAGGGAUUUCUCUGCCCGACGACAUGCUCCUCACAUCCCUGCACAACUCUGAACUGAUUUUGCGCCAGAAAGAAAUGCAUCUUUUCCUGAAACGGUUCUUGCAGCUCUACUCUUCUUCGUGCAUUGAUGAGUUUCCAAAGGAACUUAUGCAAGCCAUGGAAAACCCCAUGACACUAGAUAAAUUCCUGUUUGAAACAUCAGGCAAGGUUCAUCGGGAAAGUUCUCUGCAGUCUGAUAUCUCUGGGAAGCUCCUUGGCAGUCCAUCUUACACAGAAUCCACCUCAGAAAUGGCAGUGCAAGCACAAAACAAAGAACUGUGCUUUCAGUGGUAUAUUCCUCCCCUGGACAAACCUCCAAAGGAUGUGGAACCUAUGGUUUUAUUAUUGUAUGCAUACAACUUGAAGCCUGUGAAGAUCUCUGAUAUUAAAGUGCCUACUGGUAACAACUUGUGUGUCGGCACCUCCUGGAUUCCACUGAACAGAGUCAUCUCAAUUCAUGAGAAACUGUCUAAUCUUGCACAAAUUGCUGAGCUAUCAUUACCAUCGGUUCCUGAAGUUGCUGCUUCAGAUGAAAAUUUAUAUGAAUCAGUGGAAUCUGAAGAUAAAUCAGUUGAUACAGACAUGGAAAACAUGAUCCUCGAAUGCUGUUCUGAAAUAAUGGCUCUGUUUUCCAAGGAUGAAGAGCUCAUACCACUGACUGAGGUUCCCUUUGAUGUCUCCCUCCCUGCUAUAUUCAGUCUUGAGAGACUUUUUGAUCUUGCAAAUGGUUGUAUCGUGUCAGUAGGAAGCCUUUUCAACUGGGUGGUGUCAAUUAUCCCCUGAACAUCCUCUACAGGGUAACUCUAAGGGGGCUUUAAUUGUUACUGAUUUUUGUUUGUUUAUUUGAAAUAAAUUUCUAAAGUUUUUAAUUUCAUAAAUACCAAUAUUUUCUGUUACGCUGAACUAGAGAAGUUUGCUUAUUCGACUUGGGAAGAAAGCUUUGACCUUGCAUGUUAUAUGCUUCAGAGGGGCCUCUCAACAUGGAACUUCAUUGCAUCGGCUUUGGAAUUCUGUGGACCUGGGUCUGGGUAGCAACUUCGCCACCUGCUUGCUUUGUACCAUUAAAGAGUUACCUUCAAUUUUUAAGCUUUUACAUCUUCACUUAUCUCCUAAAAUGGAUGUUAUGUAUUAAAGAAAAUACAGUCGCUUAGAUGUUUAACUCAGGCCUGAUGAAGUGGGGGGACCAUGAAAUGUCAUUUGCCUGGUGAACUGGAAGAGCAUCAGACAUUUUGACUGUUCAUCUAGCAUCUAACAAUGCCACAUACUAACCCUUCCCAAGAUCUAACACAUGGAUGCUCAUGAAAAUAAAACAAUCACUAAAUAAGCAAAA